AUGACUCUAGCAGAGAUGUCGUGGCGUUCGUCUUUCCGCUGCUCAAAGUUCCGUCACGUCUUCGGGAAGCCGUCCACCAAGGAGCACGGCUACGACGGGCUGCCAAUCACACGCAGCGUCCACGACAACCACUACUGCUCAGCCAAUCCCUGCUUCAUCGCCGUGGUGACGGAGUGCGCCGGGGGCGGGUCCUUUUUAGUCCUGCCCAUCCAUCAUACAGGCCGGGUGGACCCUCAGCACCCGAAGGUGUGCGGUCACAGUGGGAGGGUCCUGGACGUCAAGUGGAACCCGUUUGAUGACCACAGCAUCGCUUCGUGCUCAGAGGAUUGCACUGUGAAGGUCUGGGACAUCCCGGUCUGUGGCGUCCAACAGAACCUCACCAAGGCCAGGAAGACUCUGAUUGGUCACUCCCGGAGGGUGGCGCUUAUUGAGUGGCAUCCGACAGCUGAGAACCUGCUGUUAAGCUCCGCCUACGACUACAAGGUCCUCCUCUGGGAUGUGUCCCAGGUAGGUGCGGUGCUCAGGUACCCGGUCCGGGUGGUUCUGAUGCCAAUCCACCACCGCUACCAGUCUGAUGGCCUGCUUCUGUCUGUCAGCUUCAACAGUGACGGCAGCAGGCUGGCCGUCACGUCCAAAGACAGACGGGUUCGAGUCCUGGACCCACGGACAGGAAGGAUCCUACAGGUGUCCAGCAGCAAGUCCCAUAGAGCCAGCAAAGUUUUAUACAUCGGAGGGCUGAAGAUGCUUCUGUCCACCGGCAGCUCACCGUGGAACCACAGACAGAUCGUCCUCUGGGACCCUGACGACUUAUCUGAGCCGCUGUAUGAAGAAGACUUGGACGGAUCUGCAGGAGUCCUCUUCCCGUUCUACGACCCGGACACACACAUGCUCUACUUGGCAGGAAAGGGUGACGGGAACAUCCGGUACUACGAGCUGAGCACUGAGAAACCUUACAUCACCUUCCUGACGGAGUACAGGUCUCUGCUGCCACAGAAAGGACUUGGGAUGAUGCCAAAGCGCGGCCUGGACGUGAGCGCCUGUGAAGUUUUCAGAUUUUACCGUCUGAUCGCCAUCAAAGACCUGGUGGAACCACUGUCAAUGAUCGUACCACGAAAAGAGUCAGGUGUUUUCCAAGAGGACCUGUACCCAAUGACAGCUGGAAACCAGGCGGCCAUGACGGCUCAGGAGUGGCUGUUGGGGAUCAACAGAAGCCCAGUGCUGAUGUCCUUGAAGCCUGGGACUCGAGUAGCCAACCCUUACCCAGAAACCCCUGCUGAAAAAGGGCUUGUGAGGCAGCUGAGCUCCCUGAGGUUCCAGAUGGAUCCGGCUGUUGGCGCAGUGCCCAGGCAUAACCUGGACAUUAUGGAAGAGGCCUUCCUAGAGGAGCAGCUGGCCUACCAGGACGCCAAAUACCCUGGGGAGAUGAGCGAUCUGUCGGGGUGGCAGCCGGAUGAGACCCAGAUCCCGCUGUGGACGUACUGCUGCACUCCACACUGCUGUGAGCCUGCAGAGAGACCACCGCCUACAACCGAGAGCGAGCUCCUGCAGGCAUUUUACAGACAGCAAGACGAACUCAGAGGCCUGAGAGAACAACUCAAUGCCAAAGAUGUGAGAAUCGCUCAGCUGGAGCUGGACAUCAAAAACACCAGAAACAACAUGAGGGCUACCUUCUGA